GAUGAGUUGAAAGCUGUGCUAGCUGCCAGUUAGCAUCCAAUGUCUGAGUUGUUAGCGGAGCAAGCACUGCUCAAAAUGCUCUGGCUAGAGGCUGGACCCAGCAGGGGUUUGAGGUCCAUGUGUCGGACGCGUUGAUGAGUUGGCUGGUUCCGUAUCAGACAGGCAACUGUUGAAACAGGAUGCCAGAGAUGACUGAAACACAGACAACUGGUCGUAAGCCCAAAAAGAAGAAAAACAAGGAAACUCACAAUGCAGUUGAGAGACACAGAAAAGAGAAAAUCAAUGCGGGUAUCAACCGUAUUGGCAAUCUUCUGCCGUGUUCUCAGGCAUUUAAACAGAGUAAAAUAAUGAUUUUGGACCAAGCUUUUCGUUACAUCACUGAACUGAAGAAACAAAAUGAUACAUUGCUUCUGGAAGGAGGGGAUCGUGUCCAAGCGGAGGAGAUUCGUCGGCUACGACGUCAGUUGGAGGAACUGAGGAGGGAGAGUGGUAACUACAUCGAGCUGCUCAAAGCUCACGAUAUCAACCUCCUGGAAGACCCUACUAUCCACUGGAAGGGCAAGAGGCGCUGUGCCAAAGUGGCAAAAGUGCCCCCCACUCAUCAGCUCCCAAAGGGUAUUUUUGUCUACUCCAAUGGCAACGUGAUGUGUCCUGCAGGACAACAAACUAGCCCGAGUAAGCAGCCUUCCAAAACAUUAAUUCUUCAUCCAACAGCUGAUGCAAGAUUAAGGGUUGAUGGGGCCUUGGUGCAUGUUAAUGGAUCUUCCUCCACCCCUGCACUUAUCCCUGGGUCAUCUGCCACACCUAAUCAGUCUACAGCGGGUCUUACAAUGAUAGAGCAGUGUGUGGUUGAAACGCCAGCUGCAGCCCCCACUUUGCCACCUUCUGUAUCUUACAUCACUCUCCAGAUACCUGCCGCUACCACAUCUCUGCCCCACCAAGCGCAGCCGGCAGCCUCUGCAGCUACGUCAGCCUCACAGCUUCCCAAUGAAAGCCCAGCUGUGCCUGUAUCCACACACCCUGCAUUUUCCCAAACUGUAACCCGGGCAAUAGCUUCCGAGGCUUGUUCUUGGGUCACACAGGACAACGCCAUUAGAACUGUAAGUUACACUGCUAUACCUAGCUGCCAAGCCCUUCUAAGGGCUGGGGCUGCAGGCAGCACGCAGACUACCUGGACAACAUUGCAGAUGGCAGGAAACACAGUGCAACCACUUUGCCAGAGUCUCCCCACUCCAGAAGUCAGCAGCACCACCCAAGCUGUCCAGCAGGUGACUGUGUGUUCUGUUGGCACCAAACCAUCUGUUCAUCCUAUUCAAAUACAGAUGCAACCACAUGUGCAUGUACAGCCGGCACCCAUUGCAGGUCACAUUCAAGCCCAGCCAGAACCUCAGCCUGUCCUCGCACCCCAACCUCAGUGUGCCGUUCUGCCCCAGUCAGCCAUGGUACCACAACCAGCUGUGGUGGCCCACCCCGCUGUUGUUUCUCAGCCACAACCUACUGUACUUCAACCGGCUUCAUUGAUUCCCCAUCCCCCAACAGCCCUCAUCCCACAGCCUCAGCCAGCUCUGGUGCCACAGCCGCAGGCCACCGUGCUUCCUCUGCUCCCAACCAUGCAGGUGCUGCAGGUCAACCCAGCUGGAGCAACAGCUACAGGUGUAACGGCAUCUCAGAACACAAACAAUCCAAGUGUUGUAAUCCUGCAGGCCAGUGCCUGCCCUGCCCAGCCCGUUGUGAGGGAGGAAAUUAAUAGCCAGACACCGUGUCAACAUAUUGUUAUAAUCCAAGCACCUAAUCAGGCUACAUCUACUCCUCAGAAUCCCCCAAGUGGCAUGGUUCCUGCUGCAGCAUCUGCUGUGUCCACUCAAACUCCCACAACGUGUUCAGUCUCUGCCAGUCCCUUACAGAGUGUUGGAGGAAAGCAGCUAGUGCACAUUCUCCCUCGCCCAGCCCUUCCUCAAGUAAAUCAGUCCCUUCAGGUUACCCAGACAACCUCUUCUCCGCCUGUUCCUGCAACCCCGCAAACUAUCACUUUGAAUGGUCAGGUGUUUGCCCUGCAGCCCAUGACAACUUCGGACAAAUCCAGCUCCCAGAGUGGACAGAGUACUCUCCAGCUGGUGCAGCCCACCACCACGGAGGAACCAACAACUAAUGUGGCCCUCAAUAGUUUAGGCGCCCUUAGCAGUCUCAACCAGAGUAUCUCUCAGGGACUCCCUUUUACCAUUUCCACCCAGAGCAAUUGUCAGCCUCCACCUGCUCCGUUAACAGUGAUACAGCAAAAGCAGCAGCCGCCACCUCCUCUAGCAGCACCGAUUUCUGGAGCCACACUUGCAGUUCCUGCCCAGCAGCUGCAAGUUCCCUGUGUGAACACAGUCACAUCAGGGCUCGUUGUCACUGCCUCUAAGCUGUCAAGAAAAAGGCUCCGCACAGCUUUAAAUACAAAGAGAGCUGCAGCUAAAAGGACUAAAUCUACCAAGAAGAAAGAGGUCAGUCAGGCACAACCUCCUGUUCCUGUCAAGGCAACAGGUGCGGGAGGAGAAACCCAGACGGUUCAGGUUGCAGUCACUCAAGCUUUACAGUCCUCCGCUGUCAAAGUCAAAGAUAUUAACCCUACUUGUACCACAGCCGCCACAACAACGGAUAACAGAGAAACUGUAACCAGUGUUACUUCAGCACAGAGCACACAGCAAACGAGUGAUGCUAGUUCAUCCGGUAAUGUAGCUGUACUUACUCAGUCUCACCCAGAGGUUAAAACCUCCGUCAGUACAUCUCAGAGUGAUUUAAUAUUGAGUCCUACUAACACUAUCUCAACAGCAGUUACGGCUGUUGGUACGGCAUCAGUCAAACCGCCAGGUAGCACGUCUUUGGCUGCUGAGAGCAAACCAGCUGACGUUUCUGCCAACAACUCCACUGUAACCAAAGUCUCAAUUCCAGAGGGUAAGCGGCCAUUUACCAGUAUAGCAAUCAGCACAGUACAGAGUAAGCCAGCUGUCACUACUGCUGUCUCUAGAGAAAACCGAGCGGUUGCUACUUCUGCCGGUGCUGCUGAGUCUCAGUACACCUCUGCAGCAGAUUCCAUUGCAUGUCUAACUCAUGUCUAUAACAGCAGUAUUACACCCACUACAACAGUAUCUUCAACUCAAACCACUCAAACAGUGACGCCGUGUCUUUCCCAAGGAUCUAAAAACCAAAGCCUCUUACCAUGUAGUAAACCUCCGUCCCAGCCAACGACUUCAUCCUCUGUUUCCACAACUGUGGGACUGUCAUCGCCUGCACCGGUGUAUUCUGCCGCCCAGAGCUCUGUCACCACCUCCACGGCAAGUUCAGAGUUAAGGAAAAGGCCCGCUGUUGCACGAGCUUUAACGCAGCAGACUGAGGUGACUGUGCCCAACGCUUCCUCGUGCCAUCCUGCUGAAGUCAAACCCCUUCAGACUAUUAGAAAUGACAGGAAGGAUCAAGAGGAGAGGCCUUCCACAGCGACAAAGAGAGACGGCUUGAUGACAGCCACUUCUAGUGCUCCAGUUAAAAAGUACUUUCCCCAGUCUCAACAGGUAUACACAAACCUGGAUGAACAAGUCAUGGAGCACCCUAUACCGACUAGCAGACAGACGGAUUCCCCCUUGUCCACUGCAGCCGGGGCUGGUAGAGGAUUCUCCGUUGCAUCGAUGCUUCCCCGUGGACACGGCAUCGGUGCGUCAUCUGGCUCCUUUGGAACAUUUACAUUCACGUCCGAGCAGGCGGAGAUGCUGGCGUUGGCCAUGCUGGAACAGGACAGCUCUGGGGGAAAGAGUGGAGGCUGUUCUGGGGACAACACGUCUUCAGCCAACCCCACUACAGCCACAUGGGACUCCCCCAAAACCUCACCAGCAUCAGCCAGUAAAGAAAGGGGCUCAGCUGGGCAGCAGGGUAAAAUUGGUAAACCCAUGGACUCUGGACCGGUUAAACCUGUUGUUGAGGUGCCAAAUGGAAGCAGACAUCCUCAAAAUAUUGUAUUCUCACAAUCUCAGCCUCUUCCUCAGGCUCAGAGCACAUCCCAGAGUGGGACCGUGGCCAGUCUCAGUGUUAAUAAUCUGAUUAGACCCAGCUCCAGCCACCAACCCUACCAUGGCUCCCCUAGUCUCGCUGGUCAGCAGGGCUCAGUUCCCUCUCCUCUGGGAACCGCUGCUCAUAUAUCCCAAUCUUCAAACAAUGCCGCCUCACCCUGCUCAGGUGCUGCCCAGGCAAAUGAAUACACCUCCUUAAAGACUACAUUAAUGAGGGCUCAGUCUGGGGUUGAGCGGCAAGGGAAGAUCAUAUCAAAGCGACUGGCCCCAGAGGAAGUCAUGUUGAACACAGGCAAACGGCCUAAGCCUUGCCCUACACCAAUUAACGCCGUCAGCCAUAUUGACAUGAAAGCCUCGGAUCACAGUCAGAUGAUGGGGCAGCUGCCGUCCACGUCCUCGGUCAGCAUGGCGAGGAUUAAUUCUGAAAGUGGUGCUCCGCUCUUCUCCACAAACGCCUUCACAACUCCAGUAGUUCGGCCCACAGAGGGCCACUGCCCUCCUCAAGGACCUCCGGACCAGAACCAGGCAGGUGUGCUCCAUCUGCCUCAAGGCCAUCCGCAGCACAGCGUAAGUCAGCCUGUUCAGCAUCUGGGAGGAAACAUGUACAUGAAGCAGCAGCAGCAGCAGCAGCAAGAGCAGCAGAGACACCAUCUCUACCAUCUGCAACACCAGCUGACGCAGCCAGACCCUGCACAGCGCCACUCGCUACACCAGAGGGCUCUGCAGCAACAGCAGCAGCAGCAACAGGAGCAGCAGCAGCAUCAUGUCCAGAAGAAGCGGGGAAUUGUCCGAGGUAGUCAAACUGGAUCACCUGCUGGCCUGCAGCAGAAACAGCAUCACCUGGAGAAGUCUGGAGUUCAGCAGCACCCGCAUCAGCAGCAGACUCAGCAUCAGCAACACGCGCAGCAGCAGUCGCAGCAGCAUCCGCAGCAGUCCCAUCAACAAUCACAGCAGCAUCAGCAGCCAACGCAACAUCAACAGUCUCAUUCCCAACAGCACCAACAGCAGGCGCAUCAACAACCCCCCCAGACGCAGCAUCAGCAACACCAACAGCAGCAGCAGUUGCAGCAACAGCAGAGCUCCCACUCCAGACACCAGCAGCACCUGCAGCAGCAGAUCCAGCAGCAGCAGCAGCAGCAGCACUUCAGACACCAGGACAAGAGCUGUGAAGGCCAAGCACCGGGAUCCAGAGCUCACCACAGCAACCAUCUUGUCCAGCAGGACCACCUCAAGGACCAUAAUGCUAUGCAGAGGAUGAUGAGCUCCAGGAGUCUGGAGCAGCAGCUCAUCCCCCCUCCCAGUAACCCAGUGUCUCGUUCAUCCGAGCUUGCCUGUGCCCCGUCUCGGCAGGAACGUCACCGCGUGUCCAACUACUCUGCCGAAGCACUUAUUGGUAAAAGCUCCAGCACCGGUGAGCAGCAGCAGCGCAUGGCUCUCCACCUUCAGCCUGGCCGCGGCUCCACCCAGGAGCAGCCGGACCUCCGCAGCUAUCUGGACACGUCGCGAGGGAAGGCCAGCAUUGCACACAACCCUCAGAACCGCCUUACUUCAGACCACACAGGCUCCACCGAUGUGCAGCGCGUGUCAGAGUGUCCACCCUUCAAGACAAUGGCAGGAGGAGGAGGAACACUUCAGCUCAGUAGUUUUGAGGCCCAGGUGUCUCGUGGGAGCGAUAUGGCCCCCAAGUCGGUGCCUGCUUCUCAAAGGGGCCCUCAGGGGCAGCAGCAGGGAGGCUUCAGGAUGGCUGUCGGUCCCGCAGCAGAUGGCAGAAAUCGUGGCGGCUACAACGGAGCUCAUCCCGGCCCACAGGGAGUACAAGUGGGGCCGGCCCUUCCUCGGGAGCAAGACGGCUGUCACCAAAGUUUCAUGCAGAGCCUCUUGUCGCCGCACAUUUCUGAGCAGAACAGCCACCAGAGAUCCGUGCAGUGCUGUCCCCCGGUCAGCAUGGACUACAGCUGUGUGCCUGGAAGCUCUUCAGGAGACAUCCAGGCCAAGGCGUCCAGUCCUAGCGUGCCCCCGUCUCAGAAGGCCCCGGUUAUGCGACUUGCAGAAGGACACAAGGGCCACAUUCCUCAGGUCAGUAGUAAUUUGCACACUGGCCCAGGCGUGCGGGCGGGUCUCUCUCACCCCCCGACCCCUCACAGCAGCUCUGAGCCGGGCCGCUCCUCAGCCUCCAGAACACUCACUGCUGUUAGUCAGCACUCCCGUCAUAUUGGGCGGGAUACCCAGCCCACCAAACUGAGACCCGGUGACCGGUCUCGAUCCGGUUCUGUGAGGACAACCAACCCCUUCGAGCCCGACGGCCACCUGCCUCUGCCCUCCGGAGGAGGAGUCCUGUUGGGCCGGCCGCAAUCCGGAGGAGAGGCGCGACGCAGCACCAUCGUGCGCUUUAUGCCCGAUGGUGCGCAGGUUCCUAGCGACAACAAUCUGGUCGGGGAUCAACACCUGACACAAAACUUUGGUUUUCCUUUUAUUUCCGAGGGGGGGAUGAACCCCCCACCUCCCAUCAAUGCAAACUCUACAUUCAUCCCUCCAGUCAGCCAGCCAAGUGCCUCCCGGACGCCGUCUCUCCUCCCCGUGGAGCCCCAGAACACUUUACCCUCCUUCUAUCCCUCCUAUUCCCCAGCUGCUCACCCCAGCCUCCCCAGCGAUGUCACCCUACAAUACUUCCCCAACCAAAUGUUUACAAGUCCAAGCACUGACAAGGGCAGUGCUGCUCCUCUCAACAACCGCUUCGGCUCCAUCCUCUCCCCGCCUCGCCCCGUAGGGUUUGGACAGGCCAGCUUCCCCUUGCUUCCAGACAUGCCCCCUAUGCCCAUCACCAACUCGUCUGGGAUUACCCCUCAUAUAUCCAACUUCAGCCUCACUUCUCUCUUUCCCGAGAUCGCCUCCGGCAUGCCCCCCGACGGCUCGGCCAUGCCCAUGUCUCCCCUGCUGUCCCUCUCCAACACGUCGUCUGCAGACUCCAGCAAGCAGCCCAAUCGUCCCGCCCACAACAUCAGCCACAUCCUGGGACACGACGGCAGCUCGGCUGUGUGACCGAUCCAAGCCGCAGUCUGAAUGCCGUGUCAUUCUGGAGCAAAGAAUUACAUUUCUGUUUGGAAUACAGUAUGUUGUUUCUUUCAAUGUUAAAUUACUUGAUGAAUGGUGAUUUGUUUUUUUUUUAUUUAUUUCUUUUGUUGUUUGCAAGUUCACACAGUCGGUUCUCUUUGACAUCUAUGAUAUCAUGUAUGUAUGUACAUUUUUCAAAAAAAAUAUUUGAUUUCAAUUAUGGAGACGUGGAAAAGUGAUCCUUAAAAGCUCCUUGUUGAAUUGUUGGUUAAACCAACUGGUGGUGAAACAAAAUGAAGUUGAGGUUGAGAACUUGAAUUCAUUGUAUUUUUGGGUUAUAAAACCUUCUGCACAGUUAUUUACUAAUGUAAUUUACUAACUUAUCAGGUUGCAUUGUACAGAAUCUUUCUUUUCCCCAAGAGCUAUUUUGUAAAUACCAAUGUUUCAUAUCAAAAUUGAUAGAUUAUGUAUGUAUAUGUAAAUACAAAGUUGAUUAAUAAAGUUUAUAAGGAGUUGUUUCUAUUUAGUUUACCUAUUAAA